AUCAAUGGAGAUUUUAUCAUAUUUUAUGCUGGUUUCUCUAGCCGUUGUGGCUGUUUAUGGUUCGGAUUCGGUUGAUCUACCUCGCUCGUCUCGCCUUACCCUCUCCCAGAAGAAAAGUACGGGAUUUCUCCACCUUGACCGACGAGAUGGAUUGGCUUCUGAAGGAAUAAAAAUUGAUGCAGGAUUCUGGUACGCUGACUUUACCGUUGGCGGCGCUUCCAACCUCAGUCUUUUAAUCGAUACUGGGUCUGGAGAUAUUGUUGUGAACCCAGGAAUCUACAUCCCCGGAAAAACAUCCGAGAAUCUUAAUAUUACUUUCGAGAAUACAUAUGGUACAACAUCGAAAGAUGGCACUGGAAGUGCAACAAUCGUCGGCGACCUUUAUUCCGACAAAGUCAUCUUCGGGGGCUUGACGGCAACUCAGAUUGUGGGAGCUGCAAAUGGGACAUCACCACUGCAAAAGUCCGGAAUUGCUGGAUUUUCUGGGCAGCGAUUCAACCAAUUCCCAGCCAGUUCCAAUGCCACACCAUUCUUUCAAUCACUUUGCGAUCAAAAGAAAGUCUCCGAAUGCCGAUUCGGUCUCGCACUGUCAGAUGACGGUACUGGAAUACAAAUAUUGGGAGAACUGGACACUUCUCUGUACACUGGUGAUCUAGUCGUAGCACCUAUUAUUGAAAACUGGGUCCUUCUCGGCGACCUUGUGGUUGGCGGAGAGGUACAGGAAAGAGACAUGCUGAUUGAGCUCGACAGCGGAACUGCUACAAUAGUUGGACCUAUCGUCACUGUUUCUGCCAUUUUUAACGCAACAGGCAUCCAAGGUGUUCUCCGAUCUACCAGCGAGGGUGAUUUGCUCACUGGAUAUUUUCCAUGCGACAAGCCCCCAACUGUUGGAUUCAACUUUCCACCAAAGACCAAUGCUUCUCUUGCUGGCAAAGAUAGUUUGAGUGCCAUCAGCAUGAGAAGCUCGACUUUCAACAUCCCACUGAACGCAUGGGCAGCCGUAGAUAAUGGCAAUAAUAACUGCACGGCUGUCCUCAGCGGCCAGAAUUAUGAAGCGCAUCCAGGACUUUGGGUUAUUGGUCAACCAUUCUUCCAAGGGCUUUACAUUGAUCAUAACCUGGAAAAUGGAACUGUUGGAUUUGCCAAGCUAAAACGUACCAGCCCAGGGAGGAGUACAACAGCACCAACAGCUUCAGUGCCAACGCCAACUGGUGACGCAAUAAUUCACAAGCAUAGCGCUUGGGCAAUGUUGGUGUUGGCCUUUAGCUUGGUCGUUGUCGUUACUAUGUAG